GAAAAAUGUUCCUACAGAUGUUCUUUAGAUUUGAAAAAAAUUUGUUCGUUGUUUCAUCUUUGAAAAAAUGUUGUUGAAAUGAGAAAUUUCUGAAAAAGUUAUCAAAAAAGGAAAAAGAAAGAAAGAAAAAUGUGAAGGAUGGUUGUAAGAUUGGUUUAACGAAAAAAAGUGAGAAAAAGAAAGGAAGAGAAAAAAAUCUGAGUUAUCAGAAAUCUAGUGAAUUGUUGCAUUUAGCAUGUAGAGGGGGACUGUUUUUAGUAACUUAUGCUGCUGAAAGGCAUACGUUCUGGAGGCUGGGACUGUUAAAUGAGGAAUAACGGUGUCGAUAGUUCAACUUCACUAUGCAAGGGGACAACCCAAAUGUCUCUGAGGAAGCAGAGGAAAGUCAUGGGCAUGCAAUUUUAGUUGCAGAGCCUUUUCAAUGCUUGCAGUAUGGUCGUUUGUGUCUCACAAAUGAACCAUAAAGGAAGAGGCGAGGGUGUUGACUAUGCAUGCACGCCCGAAGAAGUGCAACAGCAUUUCCAAUCCUGUGGUACUGUCAACAGAGUGACUAUUUUAACAGAUAAAUUUGGCCAACCUAAGGGCUUUGCCUAUGUAGAAUUUCUUGAAGCUGAAGCUGUUCAAGAGGCCCUCCUUCUGAAUGAAUCUGAACUACAUGGACGCCAACUGAAGGUUUUACCCAAGAGGACAAAUGUUCCUGGUAUGAAGCAAUAUCGUCCCCGGCGUUAUAACCCGUACAUGGGAUUUAGGAGGCCUUAUGUACCACCAUAUUUCUAUUCACCUUACGGCUAUGGGAAGAUGCCCCGGUUUCGAAGGCCGAUGCGAUACAUGCCCUACUAUUAGAUAUUAAGAUUGUCCAGGUUUGAUAAGUUUGUUCUGAAAGAGUUGAUACUUGCUUCUGAUCCUUGAGAGUACAGAAAGGAUACAAGUCUAUCUUCACAACAUUUGUUAUUUCUUUUACUAUCUUGGAUACUUACAAUAAUCAAAUCAUUUGAUAUUUGAAUAAUAUUUUUGCUCUAUGACCUGUUGAAUCUA